AUGGCAAUUUUCCCAACAAAUGAAAAAUAUAAAAAGUUAUGGAUGGAAGCGUGCAAUUUAAGUACAAUAAAGAAAAAAAGUAAGAUUUGUUCAUGUCACUUCAGUUCUUUACAAUUUAAAGCAUGGAAUGAAGGACGUAGAUUAUUGAAGAACGAUGCAGUUCCAUUAUUAUUUUUUGGAGAAAAUAAAACAUAUUUAAAAAGAAUAAGAAAACAGUCUUUGUCUGCUUCAAUUAUUUUACCAGACUCGUUUUUUUCAUCAAUGUCAGACGCAGCAAAUAUAGUUCAACCUAUUCAUAAUGAAAAAGAAGAAAUGGAAUUUACAUCACCAAGAGCUGAUGAUUCAACUUUAUCUGUAUGUAAGACAACGAAUACAUCCACGUUAAAAGGAAAACCAUCAAAAGACAUUUUUUAUACAUGA